AGACAAAUUAGGCGAAUUGCGUCGAGAGAAGCAGAAACUGGUUGAGAAAAUCAUGGACCAGUACCGGGUCCUGGAUCCCGCAAUUCCCCGUGGCAAGUGAGUGUGACACGCGGAACUCCUGGCCCCGAUAGCUUUGAGGCAUCCUGAGCACAGGAGCAGCCGUCUCUUCCUUUGAGGACACGGAAAUAAGAGUAUCAAAUCUUAGCCAGGAUUUGACAGACGGACAGCAGAAAAGGACGAUGCUCCUUCACACAAGUUUUUACAGACCACAAAACCAGAUUUAAAUAGAACAAUAGAAUAGAA